UGGAUACCUGAUCUAGCCCCGGGACAUGGACUCAAGGAAGCUGGACUGAGGAAAUGACAGUUGUGCUGAGAUCAGAAAAAUGAUUUGAGGAAUAGGGGAGGGAAGAGUUUUCUAUGCAGAGCAGACUCCUGCUUGAGGGUCUAAAAGAGGCCAGUGUGGCUGAUACAGAGAGCUUGCAGGGGUGGGGUGCGUGGUGUGAAACAGUCUGGAGGAGUUGCCAGGGACCAGGCAGCACAGACCUUGUAGGGUUUGUAGGUCACGGUAGGAAUUCUGGUUUUCCAGGAGCCACAUGAGAAGCCACUCAGAUGACAUUAAGUGUGGGUGGUGACAUGCUUAGAUUGGCACUUCAAAAAGUUCAUUCUGGCUGUUGGAUGGAGAGCGGAUUGGAGGGGCAGGCACUCUUUGGGUGAGGGACAGGUAACUUGGAGUAAGGAUGCGGUAGAGAGAAGCAGAUGGAUGUGACUUUCUGCAUUCCAGGGCAUUUUCUCUGUGCCAGGCCAUGUGCCAGCUGCUGACGAUACAGUGAGGAGAAUUAUGGGCUGGUGGAAUUGGAAUAAAGGAAUGUCAUUAUGAAGGAGGAGCACACAGAUGCCCCAAGGGAAAAUGGCUAAUUGAUGAACAAUUACUCUGAAUGCAAUAGCUCUUAAUUUAGCAAGUAUUUAUUAAGUACCUUCUGAAUUCAGGGUUAGGAAUAAGAAGGUGAUGAUGCAAAUUAGUUAGCAGUGGCUUUCAGACUUUUGACUGUGACCUACAGUAACAAAUGCAUCUUACCUUAUGACCAAAAGUACAUACAAACACAAAAAAACUUCAGAAAACAGUUAUUAUCUUUGUUACUCAUGAUGCACUCUGAUUUUUUUUUAAUUCUGUUCCUUUCAUUUAAAAAAAAAUUAAUGUUGGUUGAAACUCUACAUUUGCUUUCUUGACCCAUUAAUGAGUUGUGAUUUGCAGUUUGAGAAAAAAGUGCUGAUUCAGAGUGAGAGUCCUUUGUAGUGGUUUUGGGUUAAGAUGAUAAAAUAUGCCCUUAACAUUUUUGGAAACUGGUUGGUCUUCCUUUCCUCCCAGUUUAGUUUUAACAUAAGAGUAAGGAAAAUUAAACAGGCAGCUGGUUCUUCUGUUUGUGAAAUUUGGGGGUCUUGUUUGUAUAUCUGGCUGGGUUAGAAGUGCCUAGAGGGCAGUGACUGUCCUACUCCGUGGAUGUUUCACAGAUUAUUGUUUCAGGCAAAAAUCCUGGCAUAGUGCAGGCGCUCGGUGAUUACUUACUGAAUUGAAUAGUUCUGUAAGACAAGAAGGGUUGUUCUUUUGGUCACGUACCACUGGUCUCAUGGCUGCCAUGCAGAUGGAUCCUGAGCUUGCCAAGCGCCUCUUCUUUGAAGGGGCCACUGUGGUCAUCCUGAAUAUGCCCAAGGGGACAGAGUUUGGCAUCGACUACAACUCCUGGGAGGUGGGGCCCAAGUUCCGGGGCGUGAAGAUGAUCCCACCAGGCAUCCACUUCCUCCACUAUAGCUCUGUGGACAAGGCCAAUCCCAGGGAGGUGGGGCCUCGUAUGGGCUUUUUCCUUAGCCUGCAGCAGCGGGGGCUGAUGGUCCUGCGCUGGAAUGCAAUUCGAGAAGAGGUAGACCUGUCCCCAGCCCCAGAGGCUGAGGUGGAGGCCAUGAGGGCCAACCUCCAGGAGCUGGACCAAUUCCUGGGACCUUACCCAUAUGCCACACUCAAGAAGUGGAUCUCACUCACCAACUUCAUCAGUGAGGCCACAAUGGAGAAGCUGCAGCCUGAGAGCCGACAGAUCUGUGCCUUCUCAGAGGUGCUUCCUGUGCUGUCCAUGAAGCACACUAAGGACCGGAUAAAGCAGAAUCUACCUCGCUGCGGCACUGAGUGCAAAAGCUACCAGGAGGGCCUGGCCCGGCUGCCAGAGAUGAAGCCCAGAGCCGGCACGGAGAUCCGCUUCUCAGAGCUGCCCACACAGACAUACCCGGCAGGUGCCACGCCAGCAGAGAUAACCAGGCACAGCAUGGACUUGAGUUAUGCCUUGGAGACUGUGCUCAGCAAGCAAUUCCCCAACAGCCCCCAGGAUGUGCUAGGUGAACUCCAGUUUGCAUUUGUAUGCUUCCUCUUGGGGAAUGUGUAUGAGGCAUUUGAGCACUGGAAGCGGCUCCUUAAUCUCCUGUGCCGGUCCGAAGAAGCCAUGGUGAAGCACCACACCCUCUACAUCAACCUCAUCUCCAUCCUGUACCACCAGCUCGGCGAAAUCCCCGCUGACUUCUUUGUGGACAUUGUCUCCCAGAACAACUUCCUCACCAGCACCUUACAGGUUUUCUUUUCCUCCGCCUGCAGCGUUGCCGUGGAUGCCACCCUGAGGCAGAAAGCUGAAAAGUUCCAAGCUCACCUGACCAAGAAGUUUCGGUGGGACUUUGAGGCAGAGCCAGAGGACUGUGCCCCAGUGGUGGUGGAGCUCCCCGAGGGUGUGGAGACUGGCUAAUGGGGAAUACUAUCAGCCAGGGGAGGCCCCUUCCCACACAGCUGCAGUCCUGGCCUCUCCAUUCAUCCCUUCCUACCGGGACCUGUCGGGGUAGUGGCCCCACCAGGUUCUGCAAAGUUAGAGCCAGAAUUCCCUCUUUUACCAGUUAAUAAGUUUCUUCAGUACCAAAGAGGCUAUGUGCAUCCUGAGGGCACAUUCAUGGGCUCCCAUCAGCCUGGCCAUGGGACUAACCUAACUGAAUUCUAAAUGGGCUCUUAUAGAAGCUCUCGGGAGAGACCUGCCUCAGCAGCACCCUACUUCAUUCUGAAUGAGAAGAAUGUGAGCCAAAAACCCAAGAGAACUGAUAACUCAUUCCAUAGGAUGGUUAGAAAACAAGACACCCUGGACUGCACAGGGUCUGAGAUAUCCGUUGGUGACUUUAAAAGUUAACUAGAAGUUCCUAGGGAAAUGAGCUAGAAUUUCUGUCUGUCCCUUGUUGAAUGGGAACACAUCACAGAAAACACAAGCCUGUGACCACUCAGGAGCUCCAGAUUGGGAAGGGGGAACCCAGAAGACAGGUGGGUUGAGUCUGACGAGUGGUCAGCUUUUGCUUUCUCUGUCAACAUCCCUUCCUCCUGUCCAGAGGUCCCAGUGGGUAAUCAUCCAAGACUGUUGUGGCCCCUGACCUCAGGGGCCUUGCUGAUGCCACGUUCCUCUCUUCCAUUCCACUCUGAGGCCUCAGUCCCAGAAGUGGGACUUGGCAGCCCCUCUGUACAUCCCCAUUCCUCACCAGAGCCACUAUGACUAUUUCUGAUGACCUGGAGAUUCAACAACAAAGAGGAAGGUUCUUGCUCAGAAUAGGCUUCUUUGGCCCUGCUGAAGUUCUCUGUCUGUGUUCAGAGUUCUGGAGAUGACCUGACCCACCUGGAUCUUCCCAGUCCUGCUGUGGAGCUGUCAGCCACAGGAGUAAUGAUGCUCCCAUUCCCUUGGAGUCCUGAGGGUGUACCCACAUACAUGGGUCCUGCCACCCUGACCUCAAACCGUUGUACUACGAUCAGAAUCCCUGCGCCAUUCUUUUCCAAGGCUGCGGCUCAUACCAGGUUUCUGAAUGAGAAUCCGUGCUGGUUAAGACUUUUGGUUCCAUUUGUUUCCUUGGAGAUGUUUUUCCAAGAGCAUAACAUACAUUAAAGUCUUUGAGUUGAGAUUAAA